AUGGACAUUAUACAUAUUGGCACCCCAACAAUCAGUACCAUGGACAUUAUACAUAUUGGCACCCCAACAAUCAUUACCGUGGACAUUAUACAUAUUGGCACCCCAACAAUCAGUACCAUGGACAUUAUACAUAUUGGCACCCCAACAAUCAGUACCAUAGACAUUAUACAUAUUGGCACCCCAACAAUCAGUACCAUGGACAUUAUACAUAUUGGCACUCCAAAUAUCAGUACCAUGGACAUUAUACAUAUUGGCACCCCAACAAUCACUACCAUGGACAUUAUACAUAUUGGCACCCCAACAAUCAUUACCAUGGACAUUAUACAUAUUGGCACCUCAACAAUCAUUACCAUGGACAUUAUACAAAUUGGCACCCCAACAAUCAGUACCAUGGACAUUAUACAUAUUGGCACCCCAACAAUCAGUACCAUGGACAUUAUACAUAUUGGCACCCCAACAAUCAGUACCAUGGACAUUAUACAUAUUGGCACUCCAAAUAUCAGUGCCAUGGACAUUAUACAUAUUGGCACCCCAACAAUCACUACCAUGGACAUUAUACAUAUUGGCACCUAA